CCGCGGACGUGGACGCACGUGUGUUAUCCAUGCAUGCAUGACAAAACUUGAAACACGCGCGUAAAUAUCCAAGUGGUAAACUUAUAGUGAUGGGAAUGCAGUACUGUUUAAAAAAACUGAAAUUUACAGUUCUCUAUUAUAGUUACUCGAAUGUUAUGUGGUAUGUUACCUAAGUCGCAGUUGGGAUAGGUGGCCGUGGCGUCUACUAAAGGGCCUUGAAUAAUUCAUCCGCAUAUUUAGCACUAGCCGGGCGACCGGCGCGCCUAUUACGGGCAUUACCACACGUAGCGAUUGACAUUAAGCUGAGGAUGAAAGUGGGUUGGGAUGUUUAGGAAACUGUUGUUAAAUAAACAAAGCCUCUCUAUCCUUUAAGUUAUCUCAGUGUCAGUGAUAAUGUAAUGUGAACUGUAAAUGUGAGGAUGUGGCGAGUUAGUGAGACGAUGCAGCUAGUGCUCAGGCACGCAGCUCUGCUCGCGAUGACUGCUGUGUGUGUCACCGGGACCGGAGAGUGGAGUGAGGAUGCAGAGGAUCUAGUAUCAACAGUGGAGGUGGACGCAGUGCUGGGGCGAACGGCGUCCCUACCGUGUGACGUCACACCGGACACCAACGAGGACCGAGUAUACAUGGUGCUCUGGUUUCGGAAAAGCGGUGGAAAACCUAUAUACAGUUUCGAUGUCCGAGGUCGAUCAUUCAACAAGGCGCUACAGUGGUCAGACCCAGGCGCAUUUGGACCUCGGGCGUACUUCGCGACGGUGGCCCGACCAGCCUCGCUCACCCUCAGCUCGGUGCAGCUGGAUGACGAGGGCACGUACAGAUGCCGAGUGGACUUCAAGAACUCGCCGACGAGGAACUUUCAGAUACGACUCAUUGUCAUAGUGCCUCCACAUCAGAUGUUGCUGUACGACAAGUCGGGAGCCGACGUGUCGGGUGUCGUAGGCCCUUUAGAAGAAGGCUCAGCUUUAAUAUUAGUAUGCGAAGUAAGAGGUGGUCGACCAGAACCAGUAGUAACAUGGUUGAUUGACGGUCUAUCAGCCACACAGUACAUCGGCGAAAAGACAGACACACAUGUCGUGGUCAACAGGCUGGAAAUCCAACACGUCAGAAGAGAAGAUCUCAAUAAAACGUUCAAAUGUCGAGCUGCCAAUACCAACCUUGUUCCACCUCAGGAGAAAGCUGUGAGACUUGAAAUGAACUUGGCGCCUCUAUCAAUAUCACUGCUGAAUCGUCCUCAGCAGCUGCUGGCAGGAUCAGCAGCAACGCUGCGAUGCGUCGCCGAGGGCAGUCGACCACCAGCGCAGAUAUCCUGGUACAAGGAUAACAGGAGUUUUGAGAAGGAUAAAAUUACCGACCACUCAAAUGACACCUGGUCAGUGAGCACAUUGGUCUUCAGUCCGGCGCCCGAAGACCAUGGAGUGAUGGUGAAGUGCGUAGCCUCCAACUCCGCCUUACCGGGGAAAAUGAUUGACGACCAGGUCAAGCUGAACGUAGUAUACAGUCCGUUGGUGACGCUGAGCCUCGGCAGUACUCUCAACCCUCACGACAUCAAGGAGGGAGACGACGUUUAUUUCGAGUGCAACGUGCGAGCGAACCCGCGAGAACAUAGGAUAUCGUGGUACCAUAAUGACAGGGCCGUCACACAGAACAUGACAUCUGGUAUAAUCGUGAGUACGAGGUCGUUGGUGAUGCAAGGCGUGACAAGACAGGAGGCGGGACGAUACUCGUGCCGUGCUGCUAACGCAAGAGGCGAGACAUCGAGUGACAGUGUCACUUUACGAGUACAAUAUGCCCCGGUAUGCGGCAUGACGUCACCGCAAGUGGUCGGGGCGGCGCUUGAUGAAUCGCUGCAUGUUCGCUGCUCGGUGCAUGCGGACCCCGCUGACGUCACGUUCCUGUGGCAGUUCAACAACAGCGGCGAGAGCUUUGACGUCUCCCCGGCCAGAUACGCUACACUAAACGGCAGUACGAGCGAGCUUCGUUACACGCCCGCAAGCGAGAGGGACUACGGGGCGCUGACGUGUCGGGGCACCAACACCGUCGGCCAACAAGCGCAGCCGUGCAUCUUUCAAAUCGUGCCGGCAGCAAGGCCUUCCCCUCCACGUAACUGCACAGUCUUCACCGGUAACGAUUCUUCCUGGAUUGACGAGGCUGCCAAAGAGGAAGUCAGCGACUACCUUGAAGUCCGAUGUGUUGCCGGAUAUGAUGGGGGUCUACCACAGCUAGUUGUGUUGGAAGCUUUGGACUCUAUCUCUGGAAGGAUAAGGUUCAAUGUUACAGCGAAUGAGACGAACGGAAUAGCCGUAUUCCUGGUCCCAGCUGAAGUGCUCUGGACGAGUGGCAGCGCCUUGCGUCUGAGCGUGUACUCGAGGAACGACAAGGGCUCCUCAGACAAGAUCGUUAUCCAGGCGCUCUCUUAUCAGGACCCUGAAAGAAGGACAGAUGGGAGUCAUAACCUAAUGGCGGGCAUGUCAAGCGCAGCCUUCUGGGGGAUCGUCCUGACGAUAUCUCUAUGCAUGAGCAUUGCAUUGGUGACUGCACUCGUUCUCAGAAGGAGAAGGGCUCAGUCAACAAGCAAACAGCGCGCGUCCGAGCUGCAGCUGAACGCGGGUGACGGUCAGUACGUCGUGGCGUACACUCUGAAGCCGCACAAACAAGCACAGCCGGACAUCCUCAACCCGCCGCCUGACGGCAGCCCUCCAGCGAAGAGAGCGGGGCCUGUCAAAAAUGGGGCUCUUCACACUAGCGACGAGUGGCCGGACGAGCGCCGAGUUAGUAUAGCGGAUAAAGUGUCAAUAUCAUCAACAAGCACCGUCUCAAGUAAGCCAAUAACAGUCAGCUCAACUGCGCUAAGCAGAAGAGAACAUCUCAUAGCGGAAGAGAUACCUGGACCAGAGAGUUGUGUAUAGAAUAGUUAGUUAAUUUUGGGUUUAAUCAAAAUGGCGGCGUGAGGCGACUGUCAUUUCUUAACCUUUAU